UAAUUCUGGUCAUUUAUGAUUUAUGACUAUGACGCUUUGUUUUGGCAUCUUGAAACAGAAUCUCUUGUUUUCUGAAACUUAUUUAAAAUGAAGGAAUCAUCUCUUUGGAUUAUUUUUGUAAUUUCUCAAACUAUUCAGCCUUUGGCUGCACUUGGGCUUCUCUCUUUGCAAUUGGACUCUUACUCGAACCCAGAUGGAAAGACAUCAGACGGCAGCUGUUGUGAACACAUAUUUUCCAUAUUUGGAUGUUCAUCUGGGGACUGUGAUCCAGCUUUUACAAUCUGUAUCCAUGACACGACUCAGACAGGGUCGUGUUCAGUUCUUCGCUACAAAGCUGGUCCAUAUGAUGAUACGGGUUCAGUUUCAUUUGGGACAAAACUUGGAGCUCUGGAAAAUCCUAUUCAAAUUCCAUUUCAAAUUUGGAAGAGUCAGUUUACCAUCAGUAUUGCUGUGUAUGACGACGAUUCAGAUGGUGGUCACGACCACAUAGGAACGAUAACUCUCACGCCAAACAAAGCUCCUGGAUAUAACGGCAGUAACACCGCUUUCACAGACAAUUUCAGUAGCGGAUAUGCCAGGAUUCAAAUGCUGUAUGACAUUCAUUGCCUGGAAAACUACUACGGACAAGAUUGUACGACAUUUUGCCAACCAGAUGGAAUACAUUAUGUCUGCGAUAGUGUUGGAAACAAAGUGUGUCUAUCAGGCAAGAAAUGGAAAUAA